AUGGCAGCAAAGAAUCCCAAAAGCGCUGCGCUAGAUCAAAGUUUUUAUGAAUUACCAGAAACAGUUGCUUGUUUCGAGUCUAUUCAAGGCCCAUUGCUAGCCGAAUUACAAGCCCAACAACGCGAUCUUACUUUUGAUGCGCGCGAUCUCUCAAUUUUGACUGGUCAAUUACAACAGUUUCAACAAGAGUAUCUCGGAGCUUACAAUCGACCUAACAAUGCUCCUUUAAGAAUCCCCACUAAGUUAUUUCGGAUCGAUCAUGGGAAAUCUAUCAGUAAGAGGUCAGCUCUCUACAAGAUUCUCCUAGCUGCCUAUGAAUACAGAAUCACAAAAGGAUGGCGUAAAUGGGACUUUGGAAAUCCAAACAAAAAAUCCAAGCAUGUAGAUCUCUUUCAGUCAAUCCGUACAUACCUUCUUGAUAUGGCUAUUAUUACAGCACCAAGAAUAGCCUUCUCUGACACGACACCAGAGUCGGCUAGAAAAACACUAACCGGAAUGGCUUGGAAGAUGGGAGUUCACGUCGCUGACAACAUUAAUUCUGCCACCCAUAUUCUAUACGGACCUCUUCACGAAUAUAAUGAGAUCGAGGAAGAAUGGCUUCGAACAUUAGAAAAGAAAAACGGAAAGGUUCUAGUCCACUGGUGGUACUACCCUGACUCUUACGAUAGCUGGCUGAUACAAACAGAUCAAUUUGCUGAUCCGGAAGAAGCUCCUAAUCAUAGCGGGCCUUGGCAUAUAUCUUGUCGAUGGUUACAGGAUAGCUCAAAAUUCAAUGAAUUGAUGAACGAAGAAGACUACGAAGAAAUUGACGCUGACGAAGGUUCAGAACCUGAAAACGAAGAUGUGGAUAUGAUACAAGCAAAUGAUGAGGAAGAAGAUGAAGAAAUAGAAGAGGAAAGAGAGAUGAAGCAUCACCAGCCCCAAAUUAAACAAGAGCAUAUCCAAGAACAUUAUCAAUCUCCCCAAAACCAACAGCAGCAACAAGAACAGCUAGAUGAACAAGAAGAACAGCUGGAUCAACAAGAACAGCAAGAACAACAGGAACAACAGGAACAACUAGAACAACUAGAACAACAAGAACAACAAGACCAUCAAGAACAACAGGAACAACAAGAUCAACAAGACCAACAAGACCAACAAGAGCACCAAGAGCGAAAGGCAUCUCCAAUACUACAAAACCAAUCAUAUAUCAGGAACCAAGAUGAUGAUCAACAUAGACACAAAAGGAAGAUUAGUGAGGCUCAUUCGGAUAUCGUUUCUGUUACAUCAGAGCCUGCUUCUGCGAGCGCGAAAGAAAACAUGUCAACGAAUACACACAUGCACCCAUUUGACAUGGUCCCUCCUACAGUCAUCCCUGCGCCUGUUAUUGAUGUCAAUUAUCAGCCAAGUGUGCGUAUUCGAGAUAUCGAACGAGAACGUCCCCAACUUGGAAGUCGACAACGCAAAAAUGAAUUUGAGCCUUAUAGCAAUGGUGAUAUCACAAAUAUUUCGCAACAUACUGAAGCAUUUAUUGAAUAUCCAAGGCGACCCGCUAAGAUGUUGAAAUUAGACGAAAGCUACCAAAAAAAGCCUGGGGAAGUAAUAGACAUUUCCUCAUUAGCAAGUGUUAUGCCUAUCGAUUAUACCACUAUCAAUGCACCGAGUUGGUUUGAUAUCAAAACCGUGCAUCAAAUCGAAAAAAUGGCGUUACCAGAGUUUUUUGAUCCGCAAGGAAAGAAGUCUGAGCAAUUGGCGAAAGAUUAUAUGCAUUACAGAGAUUUUAUGAUUAACACAUAUCGGGCCAAUCCUGAUUUUUAUCUGACUGCAGUUGCAUGCAAGGAUAAAUUAGAUGCUGAUAUCGUUUCUCUCGUCAGAAUACACAGCUUCUUAGAGCUAUAUGGUUUAAUCAAUGCACAGGUUGAUCCUCGACGAAGAAUCUUUGACCCAUAUGUGGAUAGUGAACCUGAAGCAGGUGUAAAACCAAAGUCUCAGCGAGAUUACAGAAACGUUAACAACGUCGAUAUGCAAUACCUUCGAGAUUUAAUUUUUGAUCCUUCUAUUACCGCAGACAAGAAGAGCGCUUGGGACCUUUCAAUUGAAGACGACACCAAUCCUGAUAUUCGUAAGAUAUAUGUCUGCUCAACUUGUCAGACCGAUUGUAGUCUUGUUCGUUAUCAAUGUCUUAAGCACAAGCAAGUGUACCUUUGCAUCGACUGCUUUCUCGAAGGAAGAUUUACUUCCACUCUGUCUAGCGGGGACUUUUUACGCGUGGAAAGUAGUAAUGAUCGAUAUGGAACAGACGAAGAAUGGUCUAAUAGUGAAAUACUUCGAUUACUGGAAGGCGUGGAUAAAUAUGAUGACGAUUGGUUGAUGAUUUCUGAACAUGUGGGGAUCCGCUCGAAAGAGCAAUGUAUCACACAGUUUUUACAAUUGCCUAUUAGCGAUACGUUUCUUACUGCCCAAUUGGCAGAUAAAGAGUUAGAGGAACUUCCAUUUGGUGAUCAACCAAACCCGGUCAUGACGAUGAUUGCGUUUAUCUCAGGCCACAUAAACCCUGGAGUUGGUGCUGCUGCUGCUAAAGCAGCAUUGAAAGAGCUUCUUCAAUCAGAGGAAGCCAAAAAUGAAAUGGACAUAGACAAUAAUGAUGAUGAAUACGACGAUGAGGAAGACGAAGACGAAGAAGAUGAAGAGAAUGACGAGGAAGAUAACGAAAGAGUUAUAAAGGAAGAGAAUGAGGACAUAGACAUUGAUAUUGAUAAUUCUCGGCAUCAAGUGAAGAGUGAAAAAGAAGACACAAUGAGCGAGCAAGAAAAACUGCUGUUUAAAGGAUUGUUCUCUCCGGAAACAAUGAAAAAGGCUACUAUGGCAGGUCUCUUGAGUGCAGUCGAGCAAGCCAAAAAGUUAGCAAGUUAUGAAGAUCAAGAGAUACAACACUGGACACGAUUGGCUGUUAAAACUCUCGUUGAUAAAAUUUCGCUUAAAGUACAACAAUACGAUGAACUAGAGACGUCUCUUGAUAACGAAAGAAAAGAACUCGAGAAACAAGGGCUUGUUCUUACUAGCUCUAUUGAAAAUCUUCACCGUCAAUAUGCGGCCACAACUGCUAUUACUUCUGGUACUACGCCUGACAUUCCUACUGCUAUAACGCCUACUGCCUCUGCUACUGCCACAUCUACAUCCACUACUCCCGCCGCUACUGCUUCUGCUGCUGCUACUACCUCUACCGCUACAUCCACUACCCCUGACGCCGCCACCUCUACUGCUAAUACAUCUGCUGCUGAGAGUACAACGACUACUAUUACUUCUACUGCAUCCACACCUACCAUGUCUACUGCCUCUGCAAUCCCUACUAACAUUACAACUGCCGCUUCCAAUUCCACUUCCAAUUCCAAUUCCACUGCCGAUACUACUUCUACUACUCCUACUACUCCUACUACUACUACAACAACUACAACUAGCCAUACUGCAGAUAAUACAGUAAUCUAA